AUGCAUCGCAAGUCUACUGGCACUAUAAACCCCUGCGCAAGUCACCGUCCCUGCUCCCACAAUGCAGUCUGUGGGGCACACGGUGGUCAUAGUCGAAAUCGACGGAAGAUCUGUCGUGUGCGUGUGUGUGUGUGUGUGUGGGCCGAGCACUUCCGAGGCGUCCUCAACCACCCUUCCGUCAUCUCCGACGCCGCCAUCGCCCGCUUGCCGAAAGUGGAGACCAACGUGGACCUUGACCUCCCGCCAUCUCUCCAGGAAACGAUCAGGGCCGUGCAGCAACUCUCCAGCGGGAAAGCACCCGGAUCGGACGCAAUCCCUGCUGAGGUCUACAAGCACGGAGGUCCCCUACUGAUGGAUCACCUUACUGCGCUCUUCCAGGAGAUGUGGCGUCAAGGUGAAGUCCCGCAAGACUUCAAGGACGCAACUAUCGUGCACCUAUACAAGCGCAAAGGGAAUCGCCAAGUCUGCGACAACCACCGCGGCAUCUCCCUACUGAACAUCGCCGGGAAGAUCUUCGCUCGCAUCCUCCUCAACCGCCUCAACAACCAUCUGGAACAGGGCCUUCUACCGGAAAGUCAAUGCGGCUUCCGUCGUCAUCGUGGGACCACGGACAUGAUCUUCGCAGCCCGCCAACUCCAGGAGAAGUGCCAGGAGAUGCGGACUCACCUGUACUCUACCUUCGUGGACCUGACGAAAGCCUUCGACACGGUGAAUCGUGAAGGAUUGUGGAAGAUCAUGCAGAAAUUCGGCUGUCCGGAGCGAUUCACUCAGAUGGUGCGUCAGCUGCACGACGGUAUGAUGGCGCGAGUCACGGACAACGGAGCUGUCUCAGAGGCAUUCGCAGUGACCAAUGGAGUGAAGCAGGGCUGUGUGCUGGCGCCUACCCUCUUCAGUCUCAUGUUCUCUGCCAUGCUGAUGGACGCCUACCGCGACAAACGCCCUGGAAUCCGCAUCGCCUAUAGAACGGACGGUCAUCUCCUGAAUCAUCGGCGCAUGAACUUCCAAUCGCGUGUAUCCACAACUACCGUGCACGAACUCCUCUUCGCCGACGACUGCGCCCUGAACACCACCUCCGAAGCGGAGAUGCAACGGAGCGUGGACCUAUUCUCCGCCGCCUGCGAGAACUUUGGGCUGGUUAUCAACACGCAGAAGACGGUGGUGAUGCAUCAGCCGCCUCCCAACUUAGCCACAGCCCCGAGCGCGCCGCCGCAAAUCAACGUGAAUGGGACUCAACUGCAAGUGGUAGAGAACUUUCCGUACCUGGACAGCACGCUCUCCCGCCACACCAAGAUCGACGACGAAGUCGCCAACAGGAUCUCGAAAGCCAGUCAAGCCUUCGGUCGCCUCCAAAGCACAGUUUGGAAUCGUCAUGGUCUCCAACUGAGUAAAUAG